UAUAGUUGGUCAAGGAUUAUGCGAUCAUAUGGAUGUCAGAAAAAUUGGUUUCACUGGCUCGACUGAAGUUGGUAAAGGAAUAAUGAAGAGUUGUGCUGAGAGUAAUGCUAAACGAGUAUCACUUGAGUUAGGUGGUAAAUCCCCACUCAUCAUCUUUAGGGAUUGUGAUCUUGAUAGAGCUGUUAGACAAUCACUAGGUGCAGUGUUCUUCAAUAAAGGGGAAAACUGUAUUGCUGCUGGACGUUUGUUUGUUGAAAGACAAAUACAUGAUGAAUUUAUUGAGAGAGUAAUUGAAGAGGUUAAGAAAAUGAAGAUAGGUGAUCCACUGGAUCGUUCAGUAUCUCAUGGCCCUCAGAAUCACAAAGCUCAUCUUGAUAGCUUGAUACAUUAUAUUAAGGUGGGAGUUGAAGAAGGAGCUAAUUUAGUGUAUGGAGGAAAGAGACUGGAUCGUCCUGGUAUAACUGUGUGUGUAAAUAUGUUUGUAAAGUGAUUGUACCUCAUGGUGUUAAUUCUAUGUAU